AUGUGAAUUUUGUCAGAAAUUUUCUCGCACAAAGCGAAGUGUUUUUUAAAUUUAAAUUAAUUGAUACGCGAUGUGUAAACAGAAGCCCACUUAAAUUGUAGAGCCUAGAGCACAAAGCUAGGCUAGCCCCACAACUGAAACAAUUUAGUCGGGAGCUGUGUUUCGGGAUCGAAGUUACUUUGUGUGGCCUGCUACUGUCUGGUUUUCUCGUCUCAGGCGCAGGGUAGGCAAAAGGCGUUGUGGAUCAUCGCGGCUGGAAGGAAGGUGAAACAUGAAGAUGGCUGACGGCUCGACAAUAUUGCGUAGGAACCGACCUGGUACAACAUCAAAGGACUUCUGUCGCUGGCCCGAUGAGCCGCUGGAGGAGAUGGACAGCACGCUGGCUGUGCAGCAGUUCAUACAACAACUGAUCAAGCGAGAUCCGAGCAAUGUCGAGCUUAUAUUGACCAUGCCAGAGGCACAGGAUGAGGGGGUUUGGAAGUACGAGCACUUGCGACAAUUUUGCAUGGAAUUGAACGGUCUGGCUGUGCGCUUGCAGAAGGAGUGCUCGCCGUCGACUUGCACACAGAUGACGGCCACCGACCAGUGGAUAUUCUUGUGUGCGGCCCACAAGACGCCAAAGGAGUGUCCAGCGAUCGAUUACACUCGUCACACACUGGACGGAGCUGCCUGUCUGCUCAACAGCAACAAAUAUUUCCCAAGCAGAGUUUCCAUAAAGGAGUCAUCGGUGACCAAGCUGGGGUCGGUGUGUCGGCGCGUUUAUCGCAUCUUCUCGCAUGCUUUCUUUCACCAUCGUCGCAUUUUCGACGAGUUCGAAGCAGAAACGUAUCUAUGCCACCGAUUUACGCAUUUCGUCACAAAAUACAAUCUAAUGUCGAAGGAGAAUCUGAUUGUGCCCAUCAGCGACGGAGAGAACGCUGCACCAGGCGAGAGCGAGGCUUAGGCAUCAGCAAUCCAGUCAUUCUCAUAAAACAAAACACAAAAAAAAAAAACAAAAAACACUCACGCGUAGGCGCGCUCAUACACACACAUUUAUUUAUAUUAACUAAUAGCUUGAACAUUUGUUUUUGCUUAACCCGAUGAAAACGGAUUUAACUCAAAUGCAAACGCAAAUCUUGUAUGUAUGUAUGUAGUUUAAACGUCAAAUAUAUAAAGCCACACAUACUACAUAGCGAUAACUAAGUAACAAAGGCAAAAAUGAUAACAGAUGAUAACAGGCCCACCCCUCCCUAGCCCACUCCCCCAUGCUAGAAACACCUGAUCUUAAGUCCGCAAUUAUUCCGUAAAAUUAUAUUACGAUUAUGUUAAACAUCUUAUUUUAAAUAAAUUAUGUGUAGCUCUUCUUGUGGCCGAACCAAGACCAAAAUCUCCUUCAACUCAAUUCCUCUUGACAAAACACACAGACACACACACACACACAC